AUGCCACGUUCAUCGGCUACGGCUAGGAAGAGUCAUAGCAAUCGGCAUGAGAAUGGCAGCGCAAAUACAGGGAAAAAGGUGGCUAAACAGAAAUCCAAUGGACAUCUAAACGGUAAUCUCAACGGCGGCUCUGCGUCCAGUUCUCUUUCCUCCUCUCAAGUCGAUCUGCCAUCGUCUCGCUCUUCCAGCGAUCCGGUCAUCCCCACAACGACCGCAGCAUCGACCAAGCUCAACGAAACGCCGGAUAGCUCCAAGGGGGAUUGCAAUGCGCCUGAUCAUCUGAACGGAUACGCCAAGGGCACUGCCGACAUGUCGUAUGUGCAGAACAAUGGUGUCGCCUCGCAGACCGGUGGCGAUGUUGCAGGACUGGCCUCGCGUCGUACUGAGAAGUCAGCGACCGGUGCCAAGAGGUCGCCUUCGAAUGCCUCAAUUAACCCUCUCCAACUCGCGUCGACCAUUCUCAAAUCGUGCCCCAUGUACGACACGAUCGCGAUCUUGAUCUUUCUGCUCCAACUUCCGCCCAUGGUUCUCACCCUGGUUCAGUUUUUGUUCGCCUCUUUGACCUUCUUGCCUCCUAGUGGUGCAUCGGCCGGUUCCUUGACGUCCAAUUUCGACAUCUUCCAAGGCCCCGCCGGAACUCCUUCCCUUGGUACAAUGAUUGCAAUGGAUGGAUUCUGUCUACUCAUAUGGGGCUUGUUCAUGUGGACCUGGGCGCAGAAUUUCGCGCUGGACUUGGCCCACGUUCAGGUUGCCAUCACGCUAGGUGGAGGAGGAUUUGGAAAAAACGGGGGGGUGAACACCCUCUGUGUUGGUAUAGUUCUGAUAAUGCACCUUGUACGGAGCAAAGGUAUACAGGAUUUUGUUAUAGGUCAUCUUCUUUCCUCGAACAUCAUCAGUCCCGAUAUGUUGUCGCAAUAUUCGCAUCUUUUGCCUACUGAGUUUCGACGCACGGAACCGCAGACGUCGCCGAGCUGGCUUCGGAGUCUACUCGCAGUCCAUAUACUGGCACAAGCUGGCACCGCCAUGGCGAGACGGUCAAUGGCGAAGAACAGAACGCCUAAUCCUCCUCGUACCGGCAAGCGCAUCGACACGGAAGCCUCCGCCGGCUCGCAGACGCAAAUCGAUUCUGCCUUCGAGUCAGGGGCCAGUGUUUCGUCAUAUAUCGGUGCUGAUGGGCAAAUUGUCACUCCGACAGCUCACAAGGACGGUAGGGAUCGACUACUUUCGGCAAAGAAACGCAGGAGACAGGCAAAUCAGGUGCGGAGUCGUCAGCCGUUUUGGGCGGCACUCGCAAGCACUAAGAUAACCGUCAUGAGAGAAUAUGAACACUCUAGGACUUUGUCGAAGACAGCUCGCGGUCUUCCCAUGACCGAGGAUGAUCUUCAAGGACUUUCCCUGGACGAUGGGCUUGUAUGGAUUACAGAAAUCGACAGUUCAACGAUAAAAUUUGCGGCUGGUGACUUUUCUUCGGCGGAUGAUUCGAGCGGUUCGGGAGCCUGCGAAGCUGGAUGUCUAGGAAGCGAGGAUAUGGAACCCUUCUACGUGUGCGUGAAUGGAGCCCUUUGGGCCACCGCCACAAUAUGCAAAGUGCAGGAUGCACCGAAAGGAUCGAGUAUGGUACAUUGGCGGGGCGAGAUUUCUGGUCUGGCCCCCAAUUGUGCUUACACUUGCUCGUUUGUGCGGAGCGAUACCGAUGAGGAGAUAUGCGUCAUUAGUGUCAAAACUCCUGCGACCAAUGAUGCGGAACAAGCAGCAGUCUCUUCGGUGUCAACUCCACCGCAGCCAUCGUAUCGUCCUUCGUCCCCAACCACUACGCUGAAGAACUCUAUCGUCAACGCUGAAGCCAAGUUGAAUGAGAAGCGGUCUCGGCUCAGAAAGGCCAAAAACGAUCACAAGCUUGUUAUUUCAAAAAUCCGGAAAGAGCUUGACAAUUACAACCAUCGUUUACACAGCGGAACAGAUGAAAACAGGCAGAAACAACGCUCCCUGCAACUGGAAAGGAACAUUCGGCAAACGGAAGAGGCCACUGCCUUGCUUGAAGACCAGCUUGACAACCUGGAGAAUGUCCCCAAGGAAGAACUUCGAGAGUGGUCGGAUCAGAAAGCCAAAUAUGAACACGAGCUGAGUCUGCUAAAUUCGGCAAAGGAGCAGCUCGCCUCUGCUCGGUCCGCUGUUGCCCGUGAAGUGUCCUCAUUGGAAACUGAGUUGAGCUCUGCGAUUCAGAGGCGGGAGCGUCUUCAAAGCCGCCGUACUAGGAUCAACGAACAAUAUGAGAGGAUUGUCUCUGCUAAUGCGCAAGGGCUCAAUGAACGCGAGCGUCGCGCAGCAGAACAAUUUGCCCGAGAGCAAGACCAAGCAAAACUCGAAGCAACUUUCAACGAGCAGUUUGCUACUAUUGGGCAGUCUGUGCAAGAGUACCAGUUGCGCGCACAACAAAUCUGGCAGCAAUGUGACGCUAUCGAGCAAGCCAUCCAGCAGCAACACCAGCAGAUGCUCUUGGAUCCUGGUCCGUUGACCCCCGAGGGUAAUCUGCCCGGGACGAAUCCGUUUUCCGAGUCGGCCUUGCCACUCGGCGCAUUGACAUCGACUGCUCCGAGCAACAGAUCACUGCUAGGGCUCAGCUUCCCGCCUUUGAAGUCCAGUCCCCUUCAGACCGCGUCUUCUCCGGUUGGUGCGUCGUCUUCUCACCCCACGAGUCCAGUGCAGCAGCCGUCGUAUCUCAACUUUCCAACUUCCCCCCUAGUCAAUGCUAGCUCUCACCUCGAUUCGGACUUUGUCUAUCGUGACCGAUCUUUCUCGAACCGUUCUGCCCGGAGCAGCCUCUAUGGCUCGGACUUCAUGGACUCGAGUCGUCGUCAGCCUUUCCAGCUCGACUUGUCUGAGCUGCUUGCUGACAAGAGAAGCCCGGGAUCCGAUAGCAAUACCGCUCUGAAUUCGGGCUUGAGACCUGUUUCCAGCCCUUUCCAACGGGCGGGUAGCCGUGGAAGCGGUAGCGGAAGCAAUGGAAGUGGUGGAAGUGGUAGCGGAAGCGGCAGUCCUAGCUCUGUGUACGGUAAAACUAACUAG